UAACGCGCCUGGUUUGGUUUGUUUGUAAAUAAUAUGUACAGUUAAUUUUGCGACAAAUACAAACUUAUUUGAAUGUAUUUGGAAACUUAUUUAUAAUACAGGAAUUUGUUAAUUUUAUAAAAACCAGUUUUCUUUUUUAAAAUAUUUUAUGGCUACUCCGGGAGAUAAUACAGAAGUCAUUCGCAUGUUAAAAGAUGUUAAAAAUUCUAUUUGGAGAUCCGUAACUCCCAUGAGAGCUGCAGAAAACAAUUUUAAUGAUUAUAUUUCAGGAUUGAGUCACACUGGUGCUGGAGGUAGCCACAUAAAUGCUCCAAAUAUUGCUGCAAGGCUAAAUUUUAGUGGUCUUGAUGAUACUCAAAUUGCAAAUUCAAGUAUGCUUCGAUCAUUUCAAAGUCCAGAAUCAUUGAAAAGAAAAUUAAUGAAUACUGAAGCUGAAUUACAAACUUCUAAAGCCAAAGUGAAAGAGCGUGAAUCAUUGAUUAGUGUCAUGGAGCCAGCAAAUAAAAAAUUACGUAUGAGUUUGGAAAAUAAAUUAGAAAAAUGUAGACAACAAAAUGAGCUUGAUUCACAAAAAAUUGAAGAACUGCAAACAAAAUUAAAAUGGGCUAAGAAGCAGAUUGCGAGUGCUAAAAGUCAAAUCAGUGAAAUUGAACGGCAAAAGAAAGCUGAACUUGAUCAGCAAGAACUAAGAUUUAUAGCUUUGCAGCAAGAAAAUAGUAAUUUAAAAGUUGAAAUUGCUGAUGUAAAAAGUGAAAAAACUGAAGCUAUUCGUAAAUUGCAUAUGGAGAUUGGAAGUCUUGAAUUAAAAGUUAGUAUGCUGACUGAAGAGGUACAGAAAUCACAAGAAUACAUCCAAAGUCUUAAAAAAAAAAAUAGUGAAAUGGCUGAGACAGUUGCUUUAUGUAACUCUUAUAAAGAAGAAUUGAAAGAAGCUCAAGCUAAAAUAAAAGAGCUGGAAAAUAAAAUUGAAGCUAAUAAAGAUGCAGCAUUAAUAAUCGCUAGCCGGCAAAAUGAUCUGAAAUCACUUAAUGAAUUGCAAAAAGAAAAUCGUAUUUUAAAAGAAGAGGUUGCCAAAUACAAGGAGAGUAACGUUAUGUUAUAUCAAGAAAAAAUGUGGAGCUUGCAGGAGAAAUUGUCGCAAGCAGAAAGAAAAUGUGUUGCAGUUGCCAAAUUACAAGUUGAAAAUGAGCAACUGAAAGCAAGAAUUAGCCAGUGGGAAGAGUUAUUUGACGACAAAUCUUCACCUUACAAAUCACCAUCUGCCUUUUCUAGAAAAUUAUCUCAGUAUCAGCAGAAUGAAGCUGUAUUGACCAAUAAGUUGUCUCACCUGACUUCUCACUGUGAAACUCUAGAGAAGCAAAUCCAUGAAAAAGAAGAAAUAAUUAAAUCCCUUAACUGCAAGUUAGAACAAGCACAAUUAAACUCAUCACGUAUGGAAUCGGUUGUAAAACGUUUCCAAAGAAAAAUCCUUUUCUUAAGCAAGGAAAAAGACAACUGUAGAAAAUUACUUGACUCAUAUCUAGGUGAAGCGACUAUCUCUGGUGUUGCAUUAAAUGCAGCACAGAUAAGUCAUCUGGAAGAAAUGAAUGCAGAAUACAAGAAAGCUUUAGAGAAGUGUGAAAUGGAAAUUGAUACUCUUAAUGAGAAAUUGAAGAAUUAUGCUGGUUUUAAAUCAGAAGAAUCUGCCCCCGAGGAAAAUAAAUUGAAAGAAGAAAAUGCCACACUUAUAUCCAAGAUAUCCGAUUUCCAAAAAGAGAAUACUUCACUUUUAUCCAAGAUAUGCAAUCUUGAAAAAGAAAAUGAAGAGCUAAAGAGCAAAUUAUCAAAACAGGAAACUGAUAGAGAAAAUAGCUCAGGAAGUGGAGAAAAAGUUUUGCAUCUCCGCUUCAAUCCUUUAGAUAUUGCAAAUCAAAGACAUCUGGAGCGUUUUAACAAAUUGCAGGAGGAAAACGAUCAAUUAAAGAAAAGAGUUAAAGUUUUAGAAGAAGAAGGUUUGGCAGCUAGUGAUGUCACUAUGAAAGUGCAGCAGAAGUUGCAAUCUGAAGGAGCUGAUUCAACUCUUGAAUCAUUAAAAGAGCAGUUGGCAGCUGCUGAAAGGAAAACUAGAUUUAUUCUUGAAAAUGCUCGUCUAAAGUCAACUGAAUUUCGAGAAGCUGUAUAUCAAUUACUUGGAUAUCGAAUUGAUGUUCCUAUGGCUGAAACUUAUAAAUUAUCUCAUGUAUAUGCUGAUUCCAGAGAUGACUAUCUUCUAUUCAAAAUAAAUUCUGAAGGGAUCCAGUUGGUUGAAACUGAGUAUUCAAAACAAGUAGCUGAUAAAAUGCAAACAUAUUUACACCAACAUGACAGUUUUCCCGCAUUCCUUGCCAGCUUGACUAUGGAUCUCUUUAAUCAGCAAACUUUUAUGUUGUCUCAGUGAAAGUGAUAACCACAUUUGAAGUAAAUUUUUGAAUGAACUUGACAUGAUAUUUAUAUGUAUUGUAUUUUUCAACUCUGUAUGUAUGUAUUUUAAUAAAAAGAAGGAUUGCAUUGCUUUUUAAA